AUGCCCUCAACACCCGGUGGCGUCGAUGAACGUAUUCAAAUUCAUCAAGGCGCUAUCGAUCGUACGGCUUUAACAUCACAACCACCUGCUGAUAUCGUGAAAGAUGUCAAACGAAUCUUACGUAUUCUCGGUAUCGAAGCAAAAGCAGAAGGAUCAAGCCCAUACCUUUUGAAAUGCUCUCACAUAUCCUUAGUAGCACCCAGUAAUCCUGACAGUGUGAUCUCCUCUACUUCAUCAGCGGGGGGUGUUUUAACCACUGUUGCACGUGGAUUAGAGCCCAUUUAUGGCGAUGCAUCAAUUGACAAUGGUGAUGAAAUUCGAUUUGCUGUGGAAGUUUGUCGUUUCCAAAAUCUACCAGGACUUUACAUUAUUGAUAUUCGUCGACUUAAAGGCAAUGUCUGGGCCUACAAAUUUUUGUAUCAUAAGUUGAUUGACUUCUUAAAUGUAGGCAGAGAUAGUGCUUUUGUUUUAUAG